AUGUCUGUCCCCGCCUACACUGAUAUUGCCAAGCCGGCCAACGAUCUCCUCAACAGGGAUUUCUACCACCUUGCCGCUACCACCUUCGAGUUCAAGGACACCGCCCCCAACGGUGUUGCCUUCAAGGUCACUGGAAAGUCCAGCCACGAGAAGGCCACCUCUGCCGCCAUUGAGGGAAAAUACUCGGACAAGCCUACUGGUACGGAACCCCAACACCUCAAUGUAACAGUGGCCAAGACGCCGAGAGGGGAGAAUUCGAGGACACCAGCUUCAUCUCAUCCCCAAGUCAGCAUACAGGUGUCACGAAUACUUGGCCGCCACAGCGGCUGGCCCUUUGAAUUCUCGGCACUCAUCCGGCCAGGUGAUGCCGAUAGUUUUAAGCAGGUGCUAAUGCUCUACAAACACGCAGGCCUGACCCUUACCCAGUCGUGGAACACGGCCAACGCCCUCGACACCAAGCUCGAGGUCAACGACUCGCUCGCCAAGGGCCUCAAGCUUGAGGGUCUCUUCAACUUCCUCCCCGCCACCGCCGCCAAGGGUGCCAAGUUCAACCUGCACUUCAAGCAGCCCGGCUUCACCGGCCGCGCCUUCUUCGACCUUCUCAAGGGCCCCACCGCCAACGUCGAUGCCGUCGUCGGCCACGAGGGCUUCCUCGCCGGUGCCUCUGCCGGCUACGACGUCAACAAGGCUGCCCUGACUGGCUACAGCGCCGCCGUCGGCUACGCCGUCCCCCAGUACAGCGCCGCCGUCACCGCCUCCGACAACCUCAGCGUCUUCGCUGCCUCUUACUACCACAAGGUCAACAGCCAGGUUGAGGCUGGUGCCAAGGCCACCUGGAACUCCAAGACCGGCAACACUGUCGGCCUCGAGGUUGCCUCCAAGUACCGCAUCGACCCCGUCUCGUUCGCCAAGUUCAAGAUCAACGACCGUGGUCUGGCCGCUGUUGGCUACAACGUCCUCCUCCGCGAGGGCGUCACCCUGGGUCUCGGUGGCUCUUUCGACACCCAGAAGCUUGACCAGGCUACCCACAAGCUCGGUGCCAGCUUCACCUUCGAGGGUUAA